AUGGAGGCCGACGUCGCUCCGUCCCCCGUUGUAUCGUUUCGCCCAGCCAAGAGGCAAAAGUAUAUGCGCAAGCGGCCGGCGAGCAAUGACAUGAGCCAAACGAUGGCGGAGGAACACACAACAGCAGGACCAGAAAACUCUCUACAGGGACACACUUCGGAUUCAAAUGACGAUACGCCAAAAGUGAUGCGGUUCCAAAAGCCUCGUCGACUACGAAAGGGCGGCAUCGAGUUUUCCACCAGCAGGAAACAAGACCUCGAACAGGACUCUCGACUCGAGUCUGCGCUUGUUGAAAACGCAGAGGCGGAUCUGGUCAAGACCAAAUUCGACCGGUUCACAGCUCGUACGGGACAGAAAGUAGACGUGGACAAGCACAUGAUGGAAUAUAUAGAAUCCGAGCUGGCUAAGCGACAAAGUCAUCGUCAUGAAAAUGACCAGACUCCAGCCGCUCACCGCGCUAACCGGCCAUCAGAUGCCCAGCACAUCCCCAGUCACGCCAUCUCACGCCGUGAGCCUGCUGCAUUGGGCAAGCUCCACGAGAUCGACCUUGGUCAGGAAGCGACACUGCAGAACAUCGCUCGCACUGCAGCGGCGACACGGCGCAUGGCCGGCGAGCCGUCCUCAGAGCAGUUGCAAGUGGGCAACAAUGACUCGGGGUGGCGGAGCCGAGCGCGCAAGUAUGAAGACGUUGAGCGCGACAGGCUGGUAGAUGAGGUUCUACGAGAGAGCAAGUUGGAUGUAUACGAUGAGCCAGAGCAAGACAUCUCGCUGGGUGAUCAAGCCGCAGAUGACCGCAUCGCUGAUCAAUUCCGACGAGACUUUAUGGAGGCCAUCCAGAGUCGACGUCGAACAGCACGAGCUCGCGCUGCCACGAGUGCCAAAACUACUGCUACUAGCAGCAGCAGCAAAACAGCGAAACCAGAACCGCCACGGGGGCCCAAGCUCGGAGGAAGCCGCAGUGCGCGCGCUGCGAUGCGAGAAAUGCAGGAAAAAAGCAAAAAGCCGAGUUGA